AUGGAACAGGAACAGGAACACAUUUGGGACUUGGGACUCGGAGCUCGGGGUUCGGGACUCAUGACUCAGGGUUUGGGGUUUGGGACUCGGAGCUCGGGACUCGACACUGUUCUGAAUACCGAGUCCCUGACACCCGAUUCCCGAAUCAUGGAACAUGAACACAUUCGGGACUCAGGACUCAGAGCUCAGGAUACCCUGACACCCGACACAGUUGCUGAGCUCUGGGUCGCUAACCCCCAAACCCCAAAAUUUGGGACUUGGUACCUGGGCUUCCAGGUCUCGGCAUUCAGAACAAAGUAUCCAAUUCCGAGUCACGAGUCCCGAACCCUGAAACCCGGGGAGUCCACAAUGUCAGGGUUCAGGGUUCUGUCAAAUUCUCAAAUAUUGAGUGCUGAGUUCCGGGUUUUGGGACUCAGUACCAUGGCACUCAGGACUCCCAUAUGUCAAGUCCCGAGUUCCAAUUAUCAUGCCAUGGACGCAAUGGCUGCUGGCCUUGCAAUGGCUUUGAGGAUAUUCUUGCAGGAAGGUCCCUUCAAUGAUGCAGAUACCUCCGGAUCGGACACAUUCUUUGGGAUUGUUCGCCAAUUGCCAUCAGUAUUACAACUGGGAUAA